GGCGAAGAACGUCGAAUGCCCUGAUGCUACGAAGAUAAAUUAGAUUUCACAGAAUUUCAGUUAAUAACUACGAAAUGAACUAAAUAUCAGUGAUUAAGCGCGGAAUUCCAUUGUUGAAUGUAAUUCUUAUAAACAUUGCUGCUGUUUAGACGGCGUAUAUAGUAAUUUAACUUUUAACGAGGCAAGCCUGUUAAAUUAUAACCUCACAGUGUUAUAUUUGUCCUGUCGAAUUCAGUGGAAUUGUUCGGCUGAUUUCGUUUCUUUUAAAUGAUUUGAUGUCACAUUCGUUCAGUUGUGUAGGGUAAAUAUCGAGUUAACAUUAUAAAUGUAAAUUUCCCUUCCCCAGUCAGACUGCAAUGAGAUACGGUGCUGUAGCACAUAUGUAGUCUACGCUACUAUAGUGCCUACAGUAGGCCUACUGCUCCUGACUACAGCAUCCGUCAGCAUUCUGUUUUAAGUACUGUAGUGCUGCAGACUUAUAUUACUUGAAGUAAUUCGCUAUCAUGUAGCCUUGAAUCAGAGUGCUUUUUGCAUGCUGUAAAAAUUAUAUUAUUUCUAGGUAAAUUGUUGAGAAUUGCUUGUUUGUGUGACUUGUCCUUUGGGUUUACGGUCUUAACUCAUUAUCGCAGAGAUCUUUGUGCAAAUUUUGAGUCUAAAAGUGUAUCCCGGGAGAGGUCAGCGUUGAAAAGCGUUCGAUUUUCAAAGCUGGUCAGCCCGAAUUCCUUUCUCAUUUUGACUGCGGAUACAUAAUACACACGCGCAGCCACUGUAGUAAAUUCAGAAUGGGCAACAUUUGUCUCGUAUUGUUACAUUUGGUUACAUAGCCUAUAAUAUUACUUAUCCCAUAGCUUCGAAAUUGGAGACCAACUACUUUUUAUUAUUUAACGUUCUCAUUUGUGUUUUUGUAUGACUGUAUACCCUUAGCCUAUAUGUCUUUUUUUUCUUUUUAAUGGAACAGACAAAAGUGUAGAUAUCUCAUUGAGUCUUUUAAAUUUUGCAAACAGAGCUAAGGCCAUUGUCGUUUGCACAAUUUCCACCUACAAAGAUGGAGAUAGAGCUGUGGUUUCACUACCCAGAAUGCUUGUCUGCUAGAGGAAGUUGUGCACGAUUACAUUAAAAAAGAAGGGCAGCCCAUAUUGAAGAGGAUAACCGAGCGAGCUGAGGUAGGGAGAAGGACGAGUGUAACACACAGCUUCACAACACACCCACCACAGCCCAAGAUGGCAGAAAAACGAAGACCGGGUAGGGGUGAGAACACGGACAAAACGUGCGAAAUAUUCGGGGAAAGCAUCGCUGGGACGCACAGACGAAAGAAAGGAUGAACAUUUCAGCCGAGGACUAAUGAAGUACUGAAGCAAUAAAGACAAAUAAAGGAGAAGUCGCCUGUUUUGGUUAUAGGACGGUUUUCCUGAAGAGCACCGCAAUGAUAUCAAGAGCAAGGCCAUAGAAGAAUCGGAACAAAGAUUCAGAAGUGGUCCAGCCAAAGGAGCCCUGGCAUUUGUAACAGUGAAAACAGCCUGACCACUGACACAACUGAAGAGAUUGAAGUGGAGACUACUGGUAUGUCACCAAGAUGCUGCCUCCUAUCUGUGGUUUUUGGCUUUACUUUCUCUUUUGGAAAUGCUAAUUUUCUUGACUUAAAAUGACACUAUCAGCUACAUCAUUGACUUUAUUCUAUGUUUUUCUUCUGGGAAAUGACAAUGACUGUAAAACCAAUUUAAGUGCUUUGGAUGUUUCGGUCAGUGUUGCAGUACAAACCGUGUUUAUAAAGUGAUUUCUUGCUUUUGUAGUGCUUCCAAUUUUUAAAAGAAUUUACUCUGUAUUCUAAUGUCAGUUAUUUUUUAAAACAUUGAUUUGUUUUGAUGGUGUUUAAUAAAAAAAAUUUGUUCACUGUACAUUUUUUUUCCAAUUGAUUUUUUUUAUGUUCAUGACAUAUGAAUGCACGGUCCACCAGCUGUGGUUAUUAGAGCUAACAUUUUAAGAUUGUUUCUUCACGUUCCUAUAUAAAGGAGGGGAGGAAGUUGUUCAGAUGUCUAAAGCAAUUUUGGUCAAUCUGUUGUCAAUCAUUUUAAAAUGGUACCUUGAAUACAGCUUGAUGGUUUCUGAAUUUAGGUUUUUUUAAAAUCAAAUGAUAUGCUGUUCCUCAUGUGAUGGCUUCCCCCUGUUCAUGGUCAUUAGUCUGUGAUGUUCUAACAUAGUGGUUCAUUGGGCUAUUUGUUUUUCCUUAAAUAAAAUGUGUGUUUGUUUAAUUCAACUAAUUGUUGGUUAGGAUAUGUCCUUCUGAAUGGGACAAUGGUUUCUAUCCAUCAAACUGACCCACCUUGUUUAAACUUGUAGAGAUUUGUUGUAGUUUACCACUGCUACCAACCCACUUGACCAUAAAGUUAUUAAUUCCAAUUACAUGGAUCAGUCUUACAUUUUUGAGGUACCACAAAACCAAAUGUGUAUGGUUGGCUCAUGAAUUAAUGUACAUUGGGUAAUUUUGGGGUGCUAUAUGGGGUCUCUACUUUUGAAUAAGAACAUUCCCCCAUGUCAUCCAUUUGUACAGUGGUUAAUUUAAAUAUUUCUGAUUUUUUUGGCUUUAAGGAAACCUGGUUUGCGAUGUUAUGUUGAAGAGAUAUUUCAAAAUGGAUGCAAGCAGUGGCUUUGGCAAAUUAGUUCUCACUAUUCAAAAGUACUUUUUCCAAAUAGGCUGCUUGCACAACUAUACAAGUCAGAAUGAGUUUAAUCUGAUGCGAAGGCACUAUCUUGUAAUGGUGUCCAAUACUCUUUUGUGUUGCUUCUAUAAAAUGGCUCCAGUCGUCUCAUUUCCUGUCUGAACAGGAAGUGAUGGCUCUGAGACUUUAAAAAAAUCAAAAUAUCUCCUUUUAUAACCAUAACCUCCCACUUUUUGCCAUGAGAGGGGCUGGUUUAGGACACUUUAGGAGUCAUGCCAAGGGAUGGGCUGAAGUUAUAUUGGAUUUAUUAACAUAUAAUUGUAGUAUUUUCAGUAUAAAAUUAAAGGGGUGGGUCUUUCGUACAUCACCUGGGUACUGGGGUAAAUGGAAAGAACGUCAAUCAAAGGCUGAGCUUUCAGAGCAGGGAAGGAGCUCUAGAUGGCGGCUGAGCCUUGGAGCGGAGAGCGCAUUGAGAAACGCUGGGCUUUCUCAAGCUACUUUCCAGCAACUAAAAAAACUUUGAGCCUUCCGCAGGGGCUAAUGAAAGAAAAUAUAGAUUGCUUGCGAUUGAUUUAGUCAAAAAAAUUUAAGCCGUUUUUGUGUUAAAUUGACUCUUUCGUCGAGAGGAGUAGGCUACUGUGCUGUCUCUGCGCGAGUCGUUGUUUUCCCAGCCUAGCACCAGGCAGCCAUGGCGCACCUCCAUUUUUAGACCGCUCCGUUAACGUGCUUCUGUCUCUACUUACGUACGGUGGAUAUUUGUAACUAAAUUUCAAUUCGAAUAUAACAAACUUAUACGUAUAUAUUUUAAACGAAUUGUUUUCUUUUUCGAAAUCGCGAAACGGAAUAAAUACUCGUUCGACAAACGGGAAAGCAAGACAAUUCUACCUGUUUGUACUUGGAAUCGUAAAUACCGGGACAUCAGAUCACCUCAAAUAAAAGUUUUCAGGAUACACGAUGAUGAAGAAUAAAACUGUAAAACAGGAGGAAGAAGGCUCUACCCAAAGCAAUGCAUCAAGCAAUUCUGCUUCAGAGGAGUCCAACCACUCUGCCUCCGAGUCCGGGAGCCAAUCGGAGAGCGAGCAGGGUAGUGAGAGGGCACGGUCCCGCCGCUCCGAGUCCAACAGCACUUUGGACUCUGAGUCUGAGUCAGGUAGCGAGUCUGCCGGCUCAAAGUCUCAGCAUGCCUCAGUGGAGGUGAAGGAUAAGCCAGUCAGGAAGAAGGAUAAACUGGCUGAUGUCAAAAAGAUGUGGGAGGAGCACCCAGAUGUUUAUGGCGUCAGGCGGUCAAACCGUAGCCGGCAGGAGCCAGCUCGGCUGAAUAUCGGAGCAGAGGGCAGCAGCGAUUCGGAAAGCGAAAGUCCCAAGCGUAAAGGACUCCGGCAGAAGAAGAGAGAAAAUACCUGGAAAGAUGAUGGCUCAAAUGACGAUGAAGAGGAGGAGGAGGAUGAGGAGGAGGAUGAGACCAGCAGUUCAGACAGUGAGCAGGAAGAGAAUAAAGUUAGAUCCAGACGUCUCCCAGCCCGAAGACCACAGACCAAAACAGCUGCAGCCAAAAAGCAGCAACCUCAGAAGACCAAGAAGGUGAGGAAGCAGGAGUCGUCCGAUGAUGAUGAGGAAGAGGAAGACGAUGAUGAUGAGGAUGAAGACACUCCAAAAAGACAAACUCGGCGAAGAACGGCGACGAAAGUCAGCUACAAGGAAGAUCAGAAUGAUUUUGAGACUGACUCUGAUGACCUCAUUGAGAUGGGGGGUGAUGGGGCGGAGGAGCAGCAGGACGAUGACAGCGAGACUAUAGAGAAAGUCAUGGACACCAGAAUUGGGAAUAAAGGAGCCACGGGGGCGGCAACCACCCUGUAUGCUGUUGAAGCCAAUGGGGACCCAGGUGCUGGGUUUGACCCAGAGAAAGAUGAGGGAGAACCCCAGUUCCUGAUCAAGUGGAAGGGCUGGUCCUACAUCCACAACACCUGGGAGUGCAUGGACUCUCUUACCCAGCAGAAGGUCAAGGGCCUGAAAAAGCUAGAGAACUUCAAGAAGAAGAACGAUGAGCUCAGUCUCUGGUUGUCAAAAGCUUCCCCUGAGGAUUUGGAGUACUACAACUGUCAGCAGGAACUGACAACUGACCUCAAUAAGCAGUUCCAGAUUGUUGAGAGAGUCAUUGCAACUAAGACAGGGAAGACCCAGGGCCCAUCUGAUUUUCCCUCACACAGUCAUAAGACGUCGUCCUCUUCCAACGAGCCAGAGUACCUGUGUAAGUGGAUGGGUCUGCCCUAUGCAGAGUGUAGCUGGGAGGAUGGAGCGCUCAUUGGCAAGAAGUUCCAGCACUGUAUCGACAGCUUCAACAACCGCAAUAACAGCAAAACCAUCCCUUCCAAAGACUGCAAAGUUUUAAAACAGAGGCCGAGGUUUGUCACUUUGAAGAAGCAGCCAUCUUACAUUGGAGGGGAGAAUCUGGAGCUGCGAGAUUAUCAGCUAGCUGGCCUGAACUGGCUUGCUCAUUCCUGGUGCAGGUGCAACAGUGUGAUACUGGCUGACGAGAUGGGCCUGGGGAAGACCAUCCAGACCAUCUCCUUUCUGUCAUACCUGUUCCACCAGCACCAGCUUUAUGGGCCCUUCCUGCUGGUAGUGCCCCUGUCCACCCUCACUUCCUGGCAGAGGGAGUUCGACAUCUGGGCCCCUGACAUGAACGUGGUGGUCUACCUUGGCGACGUCAUGAGCAGGAAGACGAUCCGUGACUAUGAGUGGGUAAACCAGCAGACAAAGAGGAUACGAUUCAAUGCACUUUUGACCACCUAUGAAAUUCUGCUGAAAGACAAGGGCGUUUUGGGUAGUAUAAACUGGGCCUUCCUUGGUGUGGAUGAGGCACACAGACUAAAGAAUGACGACUCCCUGUUGUAUAAAACCCUGAUGGAUUUCAGGUCCAACCACAGGCUUCUGAUCACGGGGACCCCCUUGCAGAACUCCCUCAAGGAACUCUGGUCAUUGCUGCACUUCCUAAUGCCUGACAAGUUUGAGUCAUGGGAAGACUUUGAGGACGAACAUGGUAAGGGUAGGGAGAAUGGCUAUCAGAGCCUGCACAAGGUGCUAGAACCUUUCCUGCUAAGGAGGGUGAAGAAAGAUGUGGAGAAGUCUCUACCCGCCAAGGUGGAGCAGAUCCUCCGCGUUGACAUGACUGCGCAGCAGAAGCAGUUUUACAAGUGGAUCCUGACUCGGAACUACAGAGCUCUGUCUAAGGGUACUCGUGGGAGCUCUUCUGGAUUCCUCAACAUUGUCAUGGAGCUGAAGAAGUGCUGUAACCACGGUUAUCUCAUCAAACAGCCUGAAGAUGUAGACAGCCCCACCCAACAGGAGCAUCUGCAGAACAUUGUGCGGGGCAGUGGGAAGCUGGUUCUUUUGGAUAAGCUACUAACCAGACUACGGGAGAGGGGCAACCGUGUGCUCAUCUUCUCUCAGAUGGUCCGAAUGCUAGACAUCCUUGCAGAGUACCUGGCCUUCAAACGCUACCCCUUCCAGCGUCUGGACGGGUCGAUUAAAGGAGAGAUUAGAAAACAGGCACUCGACCACUUUAAUGCCGAAGGUUCAGAGGACUUCUGUUUCCUGUUGUCCACAAGAGCCGGAGGCCUUGGAAUCAACCUGGCGUCUGCAGACACAGUUGUCAUCUUUGACUCUGACUGGAACCCACAGAAUGACCUGCAAGCUCAGGCCAGGGCCCACAGGAUUGGCCAAAAGAAACAGGUGAAUAUUUAUCGUCUGGUAACCAAGGGAACGGUGGAGGAGGACAUAAUUGAAAGAGCCAAGAAGAAGAUGGUGUUGGACCAUCUUGUCAUACAGAGAAUGGACACAACUGGACGCACUGUACUGGACAACCACUCAGGGAACUCAAACUCAAAUCCAUUUAACAAGGAGGAGCUGACAGCCAUUUUGAAAUUUGGAGCAGAGGAGCUCUUCAAGGAACCAGAGGGCGAGGAGUCAGAACCGCAGGAAAUGGACAUUGAUGAGAUCCUGCGGCUGGCUGAGACCAGAGAGAGUGACCAGGGGUCGAACGCCACCGACGAGCUGCUCUCCCAGUUUAAGGUGGCCAACUUUGCCACCAUGGAUGAGGGCACUCCCGAGCUGGAGGCUCCGCCCUCAAGGGACUGGGAUGACAUCAUCCCAGAGGAUCAGAGGAGGAAGUUAGAGGAGGAGGAGAAGCAGAAAGAGAUGGAGGACAUUUACAUGCUCCCUCGGAGCCGGAGCUCCAACAAGAAGGCUCAAGCCAAUGACAGUGACAGUGAUGUGGGUUCCAAGCUGAAGAACAGGUCCUCUGGAUCAGAGAGUGAGACGGACGACAGUGACGAUGAUAAGAGGCCGAAGAGGCGGGGCCGACCACGAGCACGCAAGAACAAUGUAGAGGGAUUCACCGAUGCAGAAAUCCGAAGGUUCAUAAAGGCUUACAAGAAGUUUGGAGCUCCACUUGAGAGGUUGGAGGGCAUAGCCCGUGACGCUGAGCUGGUGGAUAAGUCUGUCGCAGACCUGAAGAGGCUGGGAGAGCUGGUUCAUAGCAGCUGUGUCACUGCUGUACAGGAACAUGAGGAACACCUGAAAGACAACCCCUGUGAAGCAAAGGGUCCUGGGAAACGCAGAGGGAUUAACAUAAAGAUUUCGGGGGUGCAGGUCAACGCUAAAUCCAUCAUCCAACAUGAGGAGGAAUUUGAACCCUUGCACAAAGCCAUCCCCUCCAACCCUGCAGAGAGGAGCAAGUUCCUGCUGACCUGUCGUGUGAAGUUACCGCACUUCGACGUGGACUGGGAGGUGGAGGAUGACACGCAGUUGCUCCUGGGUGUGUACGAGCAUGGCUAUGGCAACUGGGACCUGAUCAAAACUGACCCGGAUCUCAAACUGGGCAACAAGAUUCUUCCAGACGACCCGGGCAAGAAGCCUCAAGCCAAACAGCUGCAGUCGAGAACAGAUUACCUCCUCAAACUGUUGAAGAAGGAGCUGGAAAGCAAGGACGUCGUAAAACCCGCAGAGGAGACCAAAGUGAAGAAGAGGAAGCCUCGGGUGAAGAAGGAAAAUAAAGCUCCCAAAGACGAGCAUGGCAAUGACAUUUCCUCUCCGCGGCUCUCAGACGUACCGUCAGAGGAAGGAGAAGUUAAGGAUGAAGGAGGGGAGAAGAGCCCAAGCAAGAAGCGACAGAAAAAGAAGGAUAAUAAAGAGAACAAGGAGAAACAGGGAACUCCCAAGAAAGAGAAAGAGGGAGAGAAAGACAAAAAGCAUUCCAAGCCAAAAAAGGAAAAGGCCAAAGCAGGGGCUCGGGGGAAGAAACAGCAGGGCCCAGUUCACAUCACUGCAGGAAGCGAGCCUGUUCCCAUCGGAGAGGAAGACGAUGAGCUCGACCAAGAGACCUUCAGCAUUUGUAAGGAGAGGAUGAGGCCAGUGAAGAAGGCUCUGAAGCAGUUGGAUAAGCCGGAUGAGGGUCUGUCAGUGCAGGAGCAGCUGCAGCACACGCGCACCUGCCUGCUGAAGAUUGGAGACCGCAUCACAGAGUGCCUCAAGGCCUACAGUGACCCUGAGCACGUCAAGAUGUGGCGCAGAAACCUAUGGAUUUUUGUGUCAAAGUUCACUGAGUUUGGGGCCAGAAAACUCCACAAACUGUAUAAGAUGGCACAGAAGAAGCGAUCACAGGAGGAAGAGAAAGAGCAGAAGAAGAAGGUGGAGUCCUCCAGCAGGAAGAAGUCCUUCAGGCCUGAGCCAUCGGGUUCCAGCCGGGACUCCCAGCCCUCCCAAAAGCCCCUCCCGCCCCUGUCCCACCCAACACAGCCAACCCCCCAUGCCCACCACAGGGAGCCCUACAACCAGUCCAACAAAAGACACUUUAGCAAUGAUGAUCGAGGGGAUUGGCAGAGGGAGCGCAAAUACAGUUACCCCAGCAACAGCAACCAGUCCUGGCAGGGAGAACGGCAUCAUCCGUAUGAUCAGCACCGUUACAAGGAUCAUCACUACAGUGACCGUCGGCCGCACACCGACACGUACAGGAGUUCUGGAAACUACCGCAAGAGGCCUUACGAGCAAUAUGGCAAUGACAGAGAUCACCGCGGUCACCGUGACUACUAUGACAGGCACCAGGACACAAAGAGGCGGCGUACGGAUGAUUUCCGCUCCCAGAACUACCACCAGGGAGGUGCACAUGGGCAGGACUUCCGGAGGAUGCCGGAUCACCGUCCCCAGCCAAAUCAUGGCCCCAUGGGUCUUGAACACUACCGGCCCUUCCACCAGGACAAGGUCGGAGGGGGGGACUACAAGCCACCCCCCCUCCUAGACCCCCGCUCCCCUCAGGCACAGCAGUCGCCUCUCGACUCCCGCUCACCGCCGGAAAGGACCGCUGAGCCCAAAAAUGCCACUGGCGAUUUUAACUGGAACAGCCGUAAGACAUGAGGGAUGGGGGUGCGGGUCUGAGUGUGCCUGGUAAGACCUGUUCAUGCUGGAAAAAAAGGUAAAAAAAAAAAAAAGAAGGGUAGCAAGGAAACAGACAAGUGUGCUGCUUUAAGGAAAUAGGCCAGUCCCCUUGACCCAGACUUUUCCCCACUUCUCUUCUGUAGUGAAGUUCUUGGCUUUCUUGACUUCCCAAGGUAGGGGGGAAACAGGACUAGAGCACCACUGACCAGCAACCACAAUAUGUUCUCUUAUCAUGUAAAUGUGACUGUGGUAAUUUAAUUAGGCACAGAUUUAACUCUAGGUGUUGAAAAGGUGUUCUUCCGGAAUACAGCAAAAGCAAGAGAAACUGCGUGGAGGUCUGAAAUUAGCCGACCAUCUUUGGCACGGUUAAUUGGAGCCUCUGGCUGGCCUGCCCUCGGUCUCGUGGGGAGUGAAUUGCACAGAAGCCUGUUUAGUCCCAUGGACUGUUGUUGGGGAGAGUUCAAUGCCUUCACAUUCAACCUUGACUGAGUUCUGGAAUAUGAAAGUGCCUCACACACUUGGCCUAUCUUUUGAAAGAUAUUAUUUGUUGAGGGAUAUAUAUAAUAUAUAUAUAUGUACAUAUAUAAUUUGUUUCUGUUCUUCCCAAAGCAACAGUUUUGAUUUUGUGCCAUUUUGUCCAAAGCAGUCUCCUCUCCUUGACAGUGUAAGGGUUUGUUCACUCUUCUGGUCCUCGGAGAUACACUUUUAACAGCUCUUUAUUUGGAAGAGUGUAGGUUUUGACUUCACAGGAAAUUAUAUCAGUAUGUCCUUAUUUUAAUACUCUUGCAAGCGGGAAAGCCGGACAGAGGGGGUUUGGUGGAAAAAUAGCCCUCUGUUAAGCGCUAUAUUUGACCUCCCGGAGUUCCCCACGCUCAUAUGACCUGUCAACUCUGAAUGUUCUAUAAAGCAGCCCAGUUUCUGGUUGCUGUCCUGCUGUUGUAAUAAUUUUUUUGACAAAAUGUUGAAAACGUGCAAGGAUUGCCCUAGCCUCCCAUGGUGUUCAGACUGCGGAGGCGAGAAGCUCCCCCAGUGGGCAAAAGGAUAGUAGCGUGUUACUUUUGCCUGGUCUUGUCAGUAUUUAUGGUUAACACAGACUGAGAGCAAAUUAUCACAACACUACAACUGUAAUUAAGCUAUUAUAAUUGACAUUUUCCCUCCCAGUGUGUAGUGGAUGAAUAAUUUAAACUUUCAUUUCCACAACCAAUAAAGAACUAUGAGACUUGUGCAACUUGUCUUGCACUAUGAGUAGAACAGUAUUCUGCCGUUUAUUAAAUGAUGCAACUUGAAUUAUAUUUCAGGUAUUACCACAUAAAGGACAUAUUCCUUGAAAGUGAAUAUAUGUAAAUUAUGCCUUUUGAACCACAUGCAAAACCAUGAAAUUGCCAAAUGGUUUGUGUAAAGGUCUGAGGGAGUAUUGAUAAAAGAAAGGGGAGGGAAAUUAAAGUAUGGGUGGAUGGAGAGGUUUGAGUGCCAUAUCACAAGCUGUUCUGUCCCAUUAUGAUUGUCCAGUGGUGUUGUUCGCUUCUCCAGCUGUGCCUUAUUUUUAUUCAUAGACCUGUAUGUGUCCGUAUGGCUAUUACAGAUGUUGUCAUUGUAAAAAAAAAAAAAAAACACACACACACAGAGGGGAAGCAGUAUUAAAUUGUUGUGAAAACAUUUUCAUGUGUGGUAUGGAAAGACCUCUUGAGCUGGGAGCGUUAGGGUGGGGGUUGUCGACAAUUGGGGUGGUGGGUUGGGUUUGGUUGUUUUUCUUGAAAUUAUGCAGAGUCCAAAGAGUCACAGGGAAGCAAAUCGUUGCACAGAAGAACCGGCAGGUGACAUUUCUCAAAACUACUGGCCACUGUAACUGAGGGGAUGGGUGUCACAGCUGACAGGCUCCUCUCCACGUUUUUUUUUUUUUGGGGGGUUCCUCGUGUGUAGUCUUCUCAGAAACAAACAUUUUCAAGAAACCAAUCAAAAUAAUUUAUAUUUGUGAAAAAGCCACUGUCCACAUAAAUGUUGCUGUAAAUAUGUCGUUUAUAGACCUAUAUGCAUUAAAUUUUCCUACAUUAUGAAA